AUGUUGGGAACCUUCUCAGAUCGACCUAGAACUGGAGAAUGCAUUUAUUUGUCAUUUGCGGGACCAUUGGUUUUGUACAAGGAAACCUACCUCGACUCUUUGAAAGGCUUUGGCUGGAGCAUUUUCUUGGUGAAGGGAAAUUUCCCAAAGGAGUGCCCCCAUCACAUUCUCCGAAGCCUCCAAUGGUGUUACGGGGAGUGGUUGUCACCUGAUGAGGUUGAGAGGAUUACCAAGUCUUGCAACUUGGCUUCGAGAUCAAGUCCAAGGGCGCAUCCUCCUGAUCCCUAUUUACAGCAUGGACAACUAGAAAUAUUGUCAGACGAUGAAGACAAAGAUUUAAAAGCUGCAAUAGCUGCCAGCUUGAUCAACUAA